GUGCGACGUCCAGGUUCACACCGUCACCAGGCGUCUCGCUCGGAACUUCGAGGGCCUGUUCCCUGACCACGACUUGCAAAAGGAGCCGCACGUGGUGGUCACUCUCGCGCUGCAGACCAAGCAUCGCCAGUCUGCGAUGUCCAAUGAGAUGCUUUCCGAAAGGCAAGCAUGCUAUGGUCGACUGGUUGCGCGAAUGCAGGCUUUCAAAGCAUACUUCGACUCUCGGCAGCUCUGGGCGGACUUCAUUGAUCCAUCGUCGGGUGAGCCUUUCCACACUUCCACUUCCACCAGCUUGUUUGACUGUGACGAGAGGUACCGGAGCCUGGGAUUCGAGAUUCUGGAACUGGGCUGCUGCCGGUCACUGUGCAACAAACGAUUUGGGCAGUGCUUGGUCAUGACCUCUGCGUUUGUGCAAGGCACUCCCGAAGACGUGCAGCCGGGACUGUGCCUUCUGGAGGAGCCAGCCAGCGCGGCAGGUCUGCCAGAAGCCACCGCAGAACAAGCUGCAAAAGCUGAUGCUCAGCCGGCUUUGCAGACCCUGGAGGAGCCAGCCAGCGCGGCAGGUCUGCCAGAAGCCACCGCAGAACAAGCUGCAAAAGCUGAUGCUCAGCCGGUUUUGCGGACCCUGGAGGAGCCAGCCAGUGCGGCAGGUCCGCCAAAACCCACCGAAGAACAAGCCGCAAAAGCUGAUGCUGCUCAGCUUGAUGACAAGGGUACGCUCGUCGUCAACGACACAGGAGUCAGCGACAAUAGACCUGAUAAGCGCCCUGAUUCUGAGAGUCAUCCGCCGGCGAAACUUGGUGGAUACGUCACUCAGUAA